AUGUCCUCCCCUCACCAACCCAAAGUAACUUCCCUGGUGGACCUCCCUUCGAGCGAGGCCAAAUGGAUCAAACUCCAGAAAGCCAUCUAUCGCGACGCCCGGGGCAACGAACGUAUCUGGGAGAUUGCUAGCCGCAAAACGACGUCCAAAUCUGGCGUUGACGCCGUAGCAAUGGGAAAUAUCAUCUACCACCCAUCUAAGCCGCCUUCGACGAUCUUGGUAAUCCAGUUCCGCCCCCCUCUAAACGCUUUCACCGUCGAAUGGCCCGCAGGCCUUAUCGACGCCAAUGAAUCUGCUGAGGAAGCCGCGGUGAGAGAAUUGUAUGAAGAGACUGGGUAUCACGGCAAGGUCGUCUCUACCUCGCCUGCUGUGGCCGCCGAUCCUGGGAUGACAAAUGCAAAUAUGAAGUUGUGCAUGGUGGAGAUUCAGUUGAAAGAGGGAGAUCCAGAGCCUGAACAACAUUUAGAUGAGGGGGAGGAGAUUCAGAGGGUUAAUGUCCCGUUAGCCGAGCUCUAUGAUCGACUAGAGGAGUUUGCUAAGGAGGGGUAUGUGGUUGCGGCCAAGUUGUACCAUUGGGCGGCGGGGGUUCAGUAUGCAAUUGAUCAUCCGAAGUUGUUUGAGAAGGUGGGUAGUAAGGAGGGGGCCUAA